AUGGAGUCAAUGCACGAGGCUGUGGUCGACGCAGUUGACCAAGCGCUUAAAGCCCUCGCCAUCAAGGAGAAAGAUCAGGAUUGGCAACCUUUUGCCGCCUGGGAAGUCAUCUGGUUCAUGAUGAUCCAGGUGGCAACGGCGUACAUUAUCGGGCCCGACUUCGGGCAGGACCCAACGUAUAUUCAGCGGUGUGUGGACUUCUGCUUGCAGGCGAGCGAGUUCCGCGACUACCGAGGCAUGUUUCCUGAAUCCGUGCGGCCACGUCUUGUGAGUCUGUCGCGUCCCGGUCGGAGGCUUCACGCCACCAUCGCCAGAGCCAAGCAACAGUUACUUCCGGAGAUCCGGCAGCGGAUUGCGCGCACGAGGGACACCAAACUGGCGGCUGGCCAAUUCCGCCACACGUUGCUCGACGCGAGCAUUCUGAUCAAGAUGAAGAACGGCGCAAUUGGCAGGGACGCCGCCCUGGCGGACGAGGAGAAGCAAGCAAGUAUCCUCGCCGGCGACUGUCUCCUUAGCGCCCUCGAGAUCGCCUAUCCCAUUGCCGCGUAUGUCAUCGGGAUGAUCAACUAUUCGAUUGCAGAUCCCGGGUAUGCAGAUGUCUUGCGGGACGAGAUUCGCGCCGCUUUGCAGACCACGGGGGGCACCUGGACAAUCGACAUUCUGGAUCAGAUGCCUCGGCUGGAGAGCUUUGCGCGCGAGACGGUGCGCUGUGAUACAACCUCAAUUUUCACCGCCACGCGUCGUCUGCAGAAGCCAGUGCGGCUCGACUCCAUCGGGCGAACCUUGAAUGAGGGCAGCUACGUCACGCUGCCUGCGCAGUGGUUGCACCAGAACCCCGCCGUCUAUCCCGACCCUGAACGGUUCGACGGCACGCGGUUCUACGACUCGGAUGCCCAUCGGUGCGCCACACGCGUUUCAACCGGAACCCCGGAUUUCGUGCCCUUUGGCUACGGGGCCGAGAUGUGUCCCGGGCGGGACCUGGGCAUGCGCCAGGCGCGGUUGGCCUUCGCCAAGAUUCUGAUGGCGUACGAUCUGGAUUCAUAUCCUGUCCGAGGGCUGAAGCAGCCUAACAAGGCAUCUAGUCCUACGGCAUCGGUUGAUUGGGAGUUCAAGUUACAGUGGAGACGUCGGACGAGUCAAUCCUAG